GCAAAUCCAACCUGAUGGACGCCAUCAGCUUCGUGCUGGGCGAGAAGACGAGCAACCUGCGGGUGAAGACGCUGCGGGACCUGAUCCACGGCGCGCCCGUGGGGAAGCCGGCCGCCAGCCGCGCCUUCGUCAGCAUGGUGUACUCGGAGGAGGGCGCCGAGGAUCGCACCUUCGCCCGCGUCAUCGUCGGCAGCUCCUCGGAGUACAAGAUCAACAACCGCGUGGUGCAGCUGAGCGAGUACAGCGAGGAGCUGGAGAAGUUGGGCAUCCUCAUCAAGGCCAGGAACUUCCUCGUCUUCCAGGGAGCGGUGGAAUCCAUCGCCAUGAAGAACCCCAAGGAGCGCACGGCGCUCUUUGAGGAGAUCAGCCGCUCGGGCGAGCUGGCGCCCGAGUACGACAAGCGCAAGAAGGAGAUGGUGAAGGCCGAGGAGGACACGCAGUUCAACUACCACCGCAAGAAGAACAUCGCCGCCGAGCGCAAGGAGGCCAAGCAGGAGAAGGAGGAGGCCGACCGCUACCAGCGCCUCAAGGACGAGGUGGUCCGGGCCCAGGUGCAGCUGCAGCUCUUCAAACUCUUCCACAACGAGGCCGAGAUCGAGAAGCUGAACAAGGAGCUGGGGCUGAAGAACCGCGAGAUCGACAAGGACAAGAAGAGGAUGGACAGGGUGGAGGACGAGCUCAAGGACCGCAAGAAGGAGCUGGGCAAGAUGAUGAGGGAGCAGCAGCAGAUCGAGAAGGAGAUCAAGUGA